AUGGUGCUACGAACGGCCAGACUCACUGACGAUGCCGACUACGAUUCCGGCGAAACGUCUGGGAAUGUACCACGUAAACGGUCCUCCUCUGGAAAUCUUGAUUCACACAAUGGACUCCGGACUAGGUGCGUUCCUCUAAGUCUUCCUGCAAAUAUGACCAAGUUGCGAAAACAAAGUCAAACAACUUCUAUACAACGAAAGGAGACAGCAACCACACAAAAAACCACACCAUCUUGGUCUUCAUACAAACUUAUUUUUGCUAUAAAAUUCGACUACGCUACUUAUUUUUCGUAUGUUAGUAGAGUUAGGGGUGAUGAUAAGACCUAUGUUAGGUUAAAACUGCAGUCCACUCUGGAUGAGAACAACUAUUGGGAAAACAAGUCUGUGUGA